AUGUUCCAGGAUGAUGAUGGUAUUGUUAUUUCUCGAAGAAAUGUUCACUCUUAUGAAUCCGAAAAUUCUGCUACAAUAAAGCGUAGUGAUCUAGGUGAUGCUACAGAUGAAAAUGAUUCAAAAGAGACGCGUUUAACUUUAAUGGAAGAGAUUCUUCUCUUAGGACUCAAAGAUCGUGAGGGUUAUACCUCCUUUUGGAACGAUAGCAUAUGCUGCGGUCUUAGAGCUGCUUUUUUAAUUGAACUUGCACUUAGGGAUAGAAUUGGUCUUGAACCCGCUGGAAUGCGAAUGAAAGCGUUGCUUUCUCGAAAAAUAAUUGUUAAAAAGGAUGUCCCUACUGGAGACGUUCUAUUAGAUGAAGCUUUAAAGAAUAUAAAGUCUAAUUAUCCAGAAAAUGCAAAAACGUGGAUUGAGUACCUUAGCGGUGAAACAUGGAAUCCCUUCAAGCUCUCCCUACAGAUAAGGAAUGUUAGAGAACGGCUUGCUAAAAGCUUGGCAGAAAAAGGUGUUUGCACCACGGAGAAGCAGAAUUUUGUUCUGUUUGAUCUUACCACUCAUCCUUUAGUCGAUUCACAAGUCAAGCAACGUGUCAUUCGUAGGGUACAAGAAGCAAUGCUUAGUCGAUGGACUAACGAUCCUCAAAAAAUUGAAAAGCGCCUUCUGUCACUUGUCAUAUUAUCACACCAUUCUGACGUCUUAGAAAAUGCCUUUAGCACUCUCUCUGAUGCAGACUAUUCUAUUUCGAUGAAGCGAAUAAAAACACUUCUGGACAUGGAUUAUUAUACUGAAGCAGCGAAAGACGGCUCUUGUGAAACCAUGUGGGCUGUGUUUGCUGCAUUCACCAGCUGA